AGAAAAGAAGAUUGGGGCCGCCGUUUUCAUGUCUCUUUCUUCAUCCACUCCAAUUCGCGAAUCCGUCGCCGUCUUCUGUCCCCUUUUGGAAUCGAAAAAAAAAAAAGAGAGAGGAAGCACAAGAAGACGGUGUGGUGGCGAGAAGAGGAGGGAAGACUAACACAGAGACAGUAAUGGAUAUUAUCCUCUGCGAUGAGCUCCUCCAAGAGAUUUUCCAACGCCUCCCUCCCUCUUCUGCCCCAUCCGUCUCUCUCGUCUCCAAGCGCUGGCUCGUCCUCCUCCGCUCCUCUACCACCUCGCUCUCCAUCCGCAUCCCUUCUUCUCCCACCAAUUCUUGUACUUCUUCUACUGCCACACCUUCUCUCUCCUCCAUCCUCUCCCACUACCCUUUCCUCUCCAACCUAACCAUUCGCUGCGGCACCUUCGUCACCGAUGACCAUCUGCCUUCUCAUCCUUCUGAAUCCCUGUCCUCCUCCGAUACCCUCCUCCUCACUGUCGCCGCCUCCGAUUGUUCCCACCGCCUUUACCACCUCCGCUUCUUCCCCGAUUCCACCGUCUCCCCUUCUGCCCUCGUCUUCUCUGCCUCUUCCUUCACUCGCCUCACCAGCCUCCAACUUACCUCCCUCCUCCCCCUCUCUUUCCGUUGGCUCGUCUCCUUCCCCUCUCUCAGAUCCUUCUCCCUCGUCCAAACACGCCACAAGCAGCCAUAUUAUCAUCCUGCUGCUGCUGCUGCUGAUGAUGAUGAUGAUGAAGAGGAUGAGGGUGACCGGAUUCAUGCGGCGCUGCCUCUGGAGACUCUGUCCUUAUCCGGAAUCCGUGCGGCCGACCGCGGCCUGUCGUGGCUGUGGCGCCGGUGCGCCAACCUCCGCUGGCUUCAGCUGCGGGCCUGCGAGGGAACCGGCGACGGCCCCUCAUCCCCCUUCUUCCCCCUCUGCCUCCACGGCCUCCUCGGCCUCGAGCUCCGCACCUGCCGCACCAUCGCCGACAGGGUCCUCCGCCGCGCCGCCGAUCAUUGCCAGUUCCUCUCCUCUCUGCUCCUCUACGAUGGUGGCAGCCGCGACGCGCUCCGCCACUUCAUCGACCGCCGCGGGGCUGCCCUCCGCACCCUCGACCUCCGCCUUCCCCUCGACCUCCACAAUGACCACCUCUUCGCCAUCGCAGCUGACAACCAGCUCGGCUCUGGCCUUGCGGCCCUCCGCUUGCAGAGCUGCUGCCUUGUCACUGGAGAUGGUCUCCGCUCCAUCGCCCGGGCUCCAGUUGGUGCAGCCAUGGAGGAACUGGCCCUGGUCAACUGCGAUGUCGUCGAAAGAGAGCCUGGCCUUCUCACCUUCCUUGGCCAGAGCCUGCCGCAGCUCCGGAGGCUGGAUUUGUCGUAUAACGAGAUGUUGAUGGAUAAGGAGGUAGGUUCAAUGCUGGCGUCGUGCCAGAACCUGGUUGACAUCAGAAUAAGAGGUUGCAGGGCUCUGACGGGUGCUUCAGUGCUUUCCAUUCUUAAAUACUGCGCUCGACGGCUAGAAGUCAUUGACAUCACCCGGUGCCCGCAAAUUGGUAUUGAUGUCAUUGAGAUUCUUAUUCUGAAUGCCUGCCGGUUGAGUCAUGUUAUUGUGGAGGAAAGCAAGGUGUCGGAACCUGCCAAGGAAUGGGUGUCCCGGAAAGCAAUCAAGAUUGAUUGAGAAAAACAAUCAGCUGCCAAUAAUGAUAGGUACAUCACCUAAGCCCAAGAACGGCUGUAAUUUAUCUUUUCUCUGGUUAAAUAAGGGAUAUCACCUGUUGUUCUUUUGGCUUUGUUGAUAGUCAUGUUACACUCUUCACACAUAUAUCAUUGUUAAUUUAUGAUGUAAAGCACUUCCCCUGGUGUAUCGCAAACAAUUAUAGCUGCCGGGAGAUGGAUUGCUGUAUGCACUUGUAUCAAAAGCAGGUGGGAACAACUAUUGGUUCUUCCUCUUUUAAGUUGUUGCCCAUGUGGGUUUGGAUUAGAGAGACUAUUGUAUCUUGUUACUGUAUAUUGUUUCAAUUGAAAAAAGCAUGCUGUACUUAUUCAAUUCAUGGGAUUGUAGCCUAGUGUAGAACUUCAUGCAGUGUUAGUUCCAUAUCACCAAGGAGCAAGGAAUUUUAGUUAGGCAAUGAAUGUAUGCUUAUUGCUGAAAAUGGUUGAUGGACUAAAAUGAGUUGAGGAGUUCUUUUUGAUGGUU